AAGCGGAAGUAGCUCUGGUUGCCGCCUUUCCCACCAGCCCCAUGAGCUGCAGCGGCUCCGGCGCGGACCCCGAGGCGGCGCCAGCCUGUGCCGCCUCGGUCGCGGGUCCGGCGCCCCCGGUGUCCGCUCCCGCUGCGCUGCCCACUAGCACGGCCGCGGAGAGCAAAGCCAGCCCCGCGGGGACAGCAGGGGGCCCUGGAGCUGGAGUCGCCACUGCAGGCACGGGCCCCGUGGCGGCACGGGCAGGGGAGCCCGCGGAGCGGCGCGGACCGGCUUCGGUGGCAGCAGGCGGCGCGGCUCCCCCUGAGGGGGCAAUGUCUAACGGGGUUUACGCCCUACCGAGCGCGGCCAACGGAGAAGUGAAGCCCGUAGUGUCCAGCACACCACUAGUGGACUUCUUGAUGCAGUUGGAGGAUUAUACACCUACGAUCCCGGAUGCAGUGACUGGUUACUACCUGAACCGUGCUGGCUUUGAAGCUUCAGACCCACGCAUAAUUCGGCUCAUCUCACUAGCUGCCCAGAAAUUCAUCUCAGAUAUUGCCAAUGAUGCCCUACAGCACUGCAAAAUGAAGGGUACAGCCUCUGGCAGCUCCCGGAGCAAGAGCAAGGUGUGAGAGGAUCGCAAGUACACCCUAACCAUGGAGGACUUGACCCCUGCCCUCAGCGAGUAUGGCAUCAAUGUGAAGAAGCCGCACUACUUCACCUGAGCCACCCAACCCAGAUGUAUUUGUCUUCCCCUCUGUCCCCACAUGAGCCUGUUUUCAUAAUAAACUUUAUUGUGACAGGC